AAAAACCUGGAAGAGGAAGGAGUAAACGCCGUAGGCGGAUCCUAUGGCCACUGUGGGGCUUGCCCUCAAGACAUUAUCAUAGGGUGGCAACCUUUGCGUUGUUCUUUCUGCGCGCGCGCGCAAACACACGCACGUGUGGGCUCCUCAUUUCCCGCCAGAAAUGGCUCCACAUUCAUACAAUGCUGUUUUUAAAGUUACCGUCUUCUCAUCUCUAAAGCUAAUAAGUGAGUAGGGUGUAAAACCAAUAUUAGUGGUGCAGAAUAUUCCAUGGUGGAGAAACCACUGCCUUCAUAGUUGUGGUGACAGUGGGGCAGGGUAGGAGGUUUUUUCAUUUUCCUUCUCCUUGACUCCAGUGGGAGGGGAAAUUACUACACUCCACCACAACUGACAUAGCUUCUGUUCCCUUUGAGGCCAUGUUGACCGAACAGGGGAACCUAGGAUAACACUAGCAGCUUCAUACCCAGUGUUUCUCGAGAAUUCCAAGAAACCAAAAAAAUCAGUGCAGUUUUGAAAGCUUCAGUCUGCCAUCUUGAUUCAAAAUGACAUCCAUUUGUAUAAAAACAUAGACUAAAAUCUGCUCCUUGAACUCAGGAACCAGCGUGUUAUCUAUCUUAAGAAAUGUCUAAAUGUAUCGUGAACAAACAACUUCCCAAAAUAUAUAGUAGUUGUUAUAGAGCAGUUAUUAUUCUCAUAUAACAUCCUCUUUGUUUUUAAAUCAUAUGAUUGCCUCCAGACUGCAGCAAUGCUGAUUCUUUCUUGAUUGUCUAAAUACAAAAUGCCAGUGUACUGCUUUCUUUCAAUCCUCCUGAUGAUUCUUCCCUUCAAUCCUAUUGAGAUGCUAGUUGUUGCUAGUUGUGAUUGAGGUACAGCUACGGUAUACUAAAUAGAACCACAUCCAUUGUGAGAUUAAACAUUAAACAUUCACAAGCUUUAAAAAUGGAAAUGCAGGAGUCAAGAAAGAGCCUUCAGCAAUGUGCAAUAGGGAGGAGAGCUAGUGUCAGAAUAGGGUGUGUUACAAGUAUACAAUAAUGUCCUGCUUCUCAUUUCUGGAAUGUUGGCAGCUACACUGUGUGUUUAUGGCACAGGGUUUUAACUUGGCACUUAUGCCUUUCUCCUGCAGUAAUGUAAUUGUUAUGCACUAACCACUACAGGCUGGAAGAAUCCCAGGCACCUGCCUGCCUAAAUAUUUGAUAAAAGUGCCUUUAGAACUUCAGAUUUGUGUUGCAGCUGUGAUCAGCGCUGAUACUGAAAAGUUGGAAGAGAGUAAGAUGCUAUUGUAAGAAACUGCCAAUGAGUAGGGUUGCCAUAUUUCAUGACGCCUCAAAAGUUGUUGAGUUUUUUUUAGACAAACCCCAAAGUUGUUGAACAGUUUUUCAAUUCAGAACAUACCGCCGCCUUCCGGAUAUUCCCCCCGGACGUCACUUCUGCCUUUGAAAUUCCAUUCCAGGUGUAUGGCAGCCCUAAAUAAGGGUGCAAUCCUGUACUUGAGAUCUGGGGUUGUGUGAUUUGGUGAAAGUCCUUCCACACUGGAGGAUGACCAACAUACUGCUGCCAUGAUAGAUCUGCUGACUGAAUACCACAGAAACACCAGUUGAACAUGCUGCUGGUGGAGCCAAUCCACCAUUGAAGACAUCGGCAGAAUAGCUGAUCUGGAGUAGAGUCAUGGGCAGAGGUUAGGUGGCAGAGGACAGGAGAAUGUUUACGCCAUAUUCUAUAAUCCUUCAGUCCAUGACCACACUCCUUUUGAUGGUGCAAAAAAUAAAAUAAAAAAUAUCCCCAUUGACUUCAGCAUGUCCUGGCUCAUCCUCUUAUAUGGUUGGCAAAAUAUUUUUUUCCCCUUUCCUGGGUGGCCCUUGAACCUUUGUCCCAGGAGUGCUCUGUGUGCCUUCUGGAGACAUCCUAUCCUGGGAGCUGUGUGGGUGCUGAAGGUUUUUUCCCCCUUCCACUUUGCGUUUUGUACUCCAAAACAGUGGUUGUGAGUACUGUACUACAAGCGGAUUUAAGAUGUAAUCUGUAGGGAUCCCUGGAGCCUAGCUUUGCCAAUGUUGUUGCCCGUGCUGAUGGAUUGUGUUUGCUUUGGUAUCAUUCUGUAUGUUGUGGUGGGAUGUGUGUGUGCUGGGAGCAUGUCCCAGAGGUGAGUUCAUUGCAUCCCUCUGCAUGUGGACAUGAUUGUUAGACACUGGUGGUGUUUCCAGUGAUGAUGGAUGCCUGCUGGUCUUCGUAAAAAAAAUGUUUUUGUACUUUAUGUGUGUUCCUCUUCACACCUGGGCUAAUCAUGUAUAAGAAUGUGGUCAUCGUUUUGCAGGCGUAGAGGCAUAUAUACCACCCCAGGCAUAAUGGAAGUGUAGGACUGCUCUGUAAUUUUCCUUAGGAGACAUUCCAAAUGGCUACUUUAACACUAAACACAGCUUCUGAAACUUUUCUCUCACAGUUUAUGAGGGCAAGAACAGAACAACAACAACAAAAAUCAGUUCCUGGAUCGCUGACAGUCUUUAAGAUUACAUACCACAAGACCAUCUAGGAGCAAAAUGGAAUUUGAUAAUGUAGGAACUCUGAAGCUUCACUUUCUGUGGCAUAUCCAUUUCUAAGAGUUUCUGAAAUAUUAUGCUGUAGGUGAUUAAGAAAAAAGAACUACCAGUAUAUUUGGGGUUUGUUUAAAGAUGCAAUAUACAAAAAGCAUGGAUUGGUUUCCUGUUCUCAGAAUACGGAGCUUGGCUUUAUAGCUGAUUAAUGUUCUAGUAUGUGUUUGAUAACUGUAGAAAAGUUUCACAUGGUUAUCACUUUUUCCAUUCAUAACUAUGGUAGGCGACUCAGACUAUUGCAGUGAAAUUUUUAUAGUGGACUCCGCAUCUAAUACCCAGCCCUAAACAUAUUAUAUGGAACUAAGUCCUAUUGAAAUAAAUUGGACUAGCUUGCAAGUAAUGAUUUUAGGAUAAGAGUGUUAAUGUGAUAGGAUUCCUCCCUUCCCGCCUCCCCUGGGUCUCCAUCCUCAAUUUUGUUGGUUGGCUAUAAUUUCAUUUAGUGCUGCUGAUGUUACAUCGUAAACUUCCAGCUAAAGACCUUCAGGCCUAAUUACAGCUUUAAUGUGUAACCACUUCUGGAUUGAGUCCAAUUUUUGUAUAAUACACUAUUGUGCUCAUGCCCUGGGCUGAUGCUAUUGCACACAAAUAAAAGCUUGUUACAUGAUUAGAAACAUCUUCUUUUGGGUGUGAAGCUAAGCUAACUUUUAUGUAAAAGUAUGGAUAUAAUAACCAAGGCAGCAUACAGUCACUUCUAAAGAUCCUAUGCCAGUUUGCAAUGGGCAGUUAUCUGUCAGUAUAUUGCAGAAUAUUCCAUAGUUGUUUCAAAAAAGCUUAUGGAAAGUUCAAAAAUGUUUAAACUUCUAAAUUAAAUUGUAACAGAUAUUUCUUUUGAAUGCAUGCCAGAGUUCAAGUGGAAUGAACAUACAGUAUUUCCUCAUGGAAGUGUUAAGAUGAGUGGAAGGGCCCUUCGAGGAUUUACUACCUCUCCCAGGAGUAGCGAUAUAGAAGGUUUGGUGGUUCGUAUGAAAAAUGGCCUUAAGAGUUCCAAGUAUAAACCUGUUGACUAUGAGCAGCUACUUGCAAUGACUGAAGCCAAGAAAUUGGAAUCUGCUAACAUCCUGUUAAAGAUUAAAAAGACUGAACACGCUUCAAAAAUCAACAAAGAACAAAUGCUGCAGAAGCGGCAUAACCAAGCGUGGUGGCCAGAGCACAAAAGACUGCAUAGAAGCCGGAAAAAACUAGAAUCUGAACUACAAAACUUCUUUGAUGAAGGAAGUGAAUGGCUUUUGGACUUGUGGGGCUUCAAGUAUCAGUUGUCAAAGGAUCUGGAAACAUUCCAAGCAAACACAGUACAACCUAUUUGGCAGCUUAGGGAAGAUUUAAGGUACCGCCUGUUGGAAUGGCAGGCCAACCACCAAAGCCCAGAAUAUCAAUUUAACCCAGAUGCAGUGUUGGAACAGGUUGCAUUUGUGAAGGAACAACAGAAAGUAGUUUUGAAAAAACUUAACCUGGAGAAAGAAGCUUUGGAACGAGAGCUUGAAGAAUGCACCAAUGAAGCAUUGGCAUGUUCUUCAGAAGAGAGGCCUGCACUUUUUUGCGAGAUUCCACCACAGUUAUUGGCCUUGGAAUGCCCGUAUCCUGAUUUGAAGGCUUCAGUGUUGACAGAAUUUCACAAACUGGCAGAUGAAUAUUGGUUGAAGUUCCAAGAGAUUGAUCAAGACUUAAAAGUCAUAUCAAGCAAUUUCCAGUGGAGUGAAGAAGAUCUUUGGGUUUAUCAGGUGAUCAUUAGUCAGUACCCUCGUGACAUGCAAGGCAGAAGAACUCUUUACUUGGAUAUGCUGCAGAAACAUCUACCUCACAAGUCUAGGGAAGAUCUCGUUGCUCACGAAAGAGCUUGGGACCACUACCAUUUUACUAGGAAUCAGUGGAGAGCUUUGAUGUUCAACUGGGUCGAGGCUAGGAAAGCUUUUUUACUGAAGGCAGUAAUGACUCUCGCAGAAGCUUGUGCUGCUCAUGAGACAGAAAUUAUGUUGGCUAAUAAUAGAAGAAAACAACAGGAAAUAUGUGCGGAUCUCAAAGAAAAGGUCCUCCAGUGGCGUGUACAGCAGGAAGAGGCUUCCCAACUGGAAGCUGCUAUCGCUGCCAGGAGAAAGGAAGAAGAAGAGGAAAAGGAAAAGUAUCACAAGGAAAAAGAAAUGCUUCAGAGAGCAGAGGACAAAGAAAAAGUGAAAAGGUACUGGGCUGAAAAGCAGCGCAGGUGGAAGGAACUGGAAGCAAAAGAUCUUCUGCGUUUGGCAGAAUUCAAGAAAUUAUUGGCCCAACAAGUCAUUAAAGAUAAGAAAAGAGUUCAGUUUAGACAAAAGCUUUUGGAAGAGCGCUUGAUGGAGAAAAGAGAAGCAAUACUCAAAGAAGCCCAUGAAGAAGAAGAAAGGAAGAGACGUCUUGAUGCUCUCAGGCAACAGGUUGCUGUUGUUGCAGAGUUUGACCCUGCAAGAAUGAUGGCCGACACAGUGGCAUCUAAAGCUCGGAUGGGCAUUGGAACAGAAGAAGAAUUUGUUCUGCUAAAGCCUCUGUUUGAGUUGCAUACAUUCACUAAUGACCAGAUCAUUUCCGACACCCGGGUUCGUGUGGAGCUAGCUCUCCGAGAAGCUGGACUACAUAAAACACUUUACGCUCAACAGCUUUUGCCUAAAAUCCCUCCGCCCAAACUUCCAAGGAAAGACAUGGAGUCCGUAGUCUUUAAAAUGUACAACUAGGCACUAAUCAGAGAUUCAGAAUCUUUUGGAAUAGUCUAUUAAGAAUCUUGAAUAAACUAUUUUAAUUCAGGAAAUAAGUUGGAUACUAAGUUGUGAAGGGUUCUGUUAUUGUGGCUGAGUCACGUUGGUGAAAAUGUGUUGCCAAGAAGUGCUCAUUAGACCAUUUUAACACUCCCCCACAAUCUUGAGCACUGCUCUGCUAACAGCACAUUCUUAGCAACACAGUUUACUGAAGCUUCAAGUCUAAUUAUUUCAGGUGAAAUCAUCCUUUUAGAUGAAAAUCUGCAAAGCAAAACUGCUGGAGACACAUCCACGUAGGAAUCCACAGAAUUAUUUGCUUCGGGGAUAGGAAGUAGAGUCGGAGUAGCCAACAUGGAACCUGCCACAUGAUAAUGGACCACAUGUCAGUCAAGGACAAUGGAAGUGAAAGUCCAACAAUAUCUGGAGAGUAGCACAUUGGCUACUCCUGGAGUAGAGUGUUGGACUUGAACCAGAAAAGUCUGGGUUAUACAUCUGUAUGCAGCCUUUGACUGCCUUUGACCAUAUGUCUCCUUUAUCCUUGAAGUAACUUUCCAGCCAAUAGGAAUCUAUGGAGAUGCAAAUGCUAUGUCCUUUUUCAUCUUGCAUGUAGAACAUUCCACAAUACAGGGACAGCAAAAUGUAGUUACUGGUAGGUCUUUAUUGAGGCAUAUUUCCUCCAGAUUGGGUUUGCUUGCUUAUUAAACUUUGCACAUAAAAUCUAAAAUGGUUUGCAGCACCCGCUCAGUAGUAUCCCACAUCAUGUUGAAUAACUUGAUUUUUUAUUUUUUUCAAAAAGAGAGAGACUAUUCUAGUUUUAUCAAUAUGCCCUAUUCUCGCUUGAUUAUUAUUAUAAAUGGAAAUAUAAGCUUAUACUCCACUUGUGGCAGACAAUUUGAUUCAUCAUGUUUACUGCAAACCAAUCAUCCAAACAAUUUCAUUUUGCAAAUUAGCCCUUGAGAAUAAAUUACAAAAUUAGAUAGAACAUUUCAGCUAUGGGGGUCUUUAUUAUGGCACAGCAAAGAACCCUGUUUGUUCUGCUAGAUGAAAGUGAACUUGAUAAUUCAUUUCAUUUUAUAACACUAAAAGCAUUCCCAGACCUUAUGCAGCAUGCAUAUGAAAGAUAUGUAAACAAGGUGCAUAAAAUCUGUAGCCUGCCAAUUAGCCACAGUUCAAACAAUUUAUUUGUGGGAUUAAGAACUGGAUGCAGGUUCUGUCUUGGCAAGUUGUGUGUUUGUGUGUGUAUGUAGACACACACACACACACACACACACACACACACACACACACAUGCCAUGCAACAAUGUAUUUUAUAAGGUUCUGUGUGACAGCUAUCUUUUUGAUGCAGUGUUUCUAAAUUUUGCAGCCUCACUUAAGGGACUGGAAAAAUAAAUUGUAGAGCUCAGUGCAGGCACAUUUCAAAUGUCAGUCCCAGCACUACCAUUUUCUCAGAGGAUUCAAUUGUAGCUGAGAGGCACAGCCCUGCAGGUCCCAGCAGGGCUUAAUCAUAGUUAAACAGACUUGAUGACUGAACACAAUUUGUCCUGGUUUGUGCUGACAGCCAAGUCCUGGUCAACAUCAUGCCAUUUAACUCAGUUGUUCUCAGUCAUUUUCUGACUUGCUAGUUCUCCACUGUAUAGAAAAGCCCUACGGGGAAUUUUGGGAAGAACUCUACCGUGAGAAGGAAGCUUCUCUGUUAGAGUUAUCGAGCCUGCAGAGAAAAAUACCCCCAUUCCACACACACACACUUUUAUAAACACACAGCUCUUAUGGUCCUGGGUAUAAUUUCAUGAACCUUAAGCUUUCUCAGUGCUUUGUGUCCAUGGAAAAUGGAAAAUGUGCAUGAAUCUGAUGAGAGAGUAUUUCAGAGCAGGGAUGACUGCUGAGCUUCUGAUAUACCCAGUUUUGCUUGUGUUGAUUUCUGUUGAAGUACAUGCAGUGCAAACUCUGAUGAAGUAAACAGCCCUCUUCCUAUUUCAGCAGCCCCAAAUAUAUGGUCUACUAACUAUUAUUCUAGUUAAUCCUAUCUGAGGUGGAAUGUGAAUUUUAAAGCAACUGCUGUGUUAGGUUAGGCCUGGGCAACGGUAGUGACUCAUAGCAAUGAUAAUGCCCGGAAGCAGUGAAUAAACACAGACAGAAUGUUCCCAGUCACCAUCAUUCAGGAAUCUGUCGCUGUAAUUCUGAGUAGGACAGAAGAACAGUCCCUGGAGCUCAGGAAAGGAGUUUGGAAGAGGUAGCUUGCUGGGUCCAAUUAAAAUAGCUUCCUAAGCUAUUUUCCUUCUGGUUUGUUCCCAUCUUGUUUAAUUCCUUUUCUCUCUUCAAUGAAUGUGGCAACCACUUGGUAUAUAAGGUUUCUGCCUUUCCACAGGGAUUUUCUAGGACGGUGGAAGGUAACAACAUUGAAUAUGUCAUAAUCUGGAGGCCUGGAGCUGAUUUGCAUGGUUGAGCUGCAUGCAAUUAACAUAAUUUGCAUAUAAUUUUCUUGAACAGGGUUGAUGCAAAACUACAGAUGGUGGACU